AUCAGUGGACACAAUCAUUUAAUGAUUUUGAAGCAUACGUGAGGGUUGACAAACUUUUUAUCGGACCCAACUGCUGGAGCUGGACAAAAAGACAUUUUGUGCUACUUUUUUCGUGAAUUUGAGAGUCAAGAUAUAAUUCAACAUGGUGGCUGGUUGCGGUCCAAAGAUUGCUAAAUUGAUCCUCUUCAUAUUGAACUUCUGUGUAUGGGCGGCAGGUAUUGUACUGAUCGGAAUCGGAUCAUGGAUAACCGCCCGGCAACAAGACUACACGGAUCUGUUCUCUGAGGACACGAUAUUGAUCGUUACAGGGGUAACGAUAGGGGUGGGGUGCUUCAUCUUUAUCGUCGGCUUCUGUGGAUGUUGUGGGGCUCUGAAAGAAGGAACGUUCUUAUUAAAACUGUAUUUUUUCUUCAUGGUUCUAAUCAUUAUUCUGGAGAUCACCGCCGGUAUCCUAGCAUUUGUCUUCGAUGAUGAGCUUGAAGAAAGUAUGAUUGAGGGAAUGACAUACACCAUCAAUAACACCUACCCAACAACUGAUGCGUCCAAAGAGUCCAUCGAUGGUGUCCAAAACGGUUUCGAUUGCUGCGGAGCCAUGGGAUACGCAGACUACGCUAACUCACAGAACUUUGCUAAUAAUCUAGCUGUUCCCGAGUCCUGCUGUAUCGAUGGAGCAUCCGUUACCCAAUGUCAGGCCGGUACGAAGGGAAAUCCCACUAAUCCAGAACUAGUACACAGUCAGGGAUGCGUUGCCGCUUCCGUCGAUACUAUCCAGGAUAACUACUUGAUCAUCGGGGCUGUUUGCCUUGCUCUUCUUGUUUUUGAAGUACUGGCCAUGUGGGUCACAUGUUGUGUAAUUAGCGCCAUCAACGAAUAUGAAUAUAAAUGAGCAAGUGGGCGUGUCUUCAAACUUGGAUCCACCAAUCACGGAGCUGUACAGAUCCUCUCAAGGAAAAUGAAGUACUAACUCCAUUAGCUCUGAACAAAAAUGAUGAAAUUAACAAAAGGAUCAACAAUAAUCUUUGAAAGAAAUAACCCUUCCCUUUAGAAAGAUACAGAAGCCUCCUGAUAUAUAUAUGAGACCAAUCUCUCCUUUUCCCUUUUUUGUUAAUGACAUUAAUUAUUGGAAUAUACAUGAUUGGACGUAUAUAUCCCUUUUUUACAUUUGUAAAUAUAUCAGUAUUCAUAUUGUUAAAAUAAAAAAAAUCCUUAUCGUUUGUUCCUCAACAUUAGGCCAAAUAUUUUAUAGAUCGUGGCCAUUUUGAAAGAAAAAUAAAUGUUAUUGAAGCUAAAAAAAAUCAUUGUAAAUGUAUCAUAAAAUAUUGUAAUUCUUGAAUAAACUUUUGAUGAGUUGGUGGAAAAUCACUGGUCAAUUUAUUUAUUUGAUUUUAGGGCCAACAUUUUGGGUUGAUAUCCACGUCAUAGGCAAAGGAUACUGUCAAAUAUCUAAGCACAAGGAAAAUACAUGCAUAUCUGAUUCUAUCAAUUGGCUUUUUUUUAAGAAUUCAUUUAGUGAGUGAAUUUGCCGUUCUGUGUAAAACCUGACAAUUAAAGACCCCCCCCCCCACGACUAAUAUGUGACAUGUAUUGCAUCUUUUUGUAAUGAAAUAAUCAAAUAUAAUGAAAUAAUAAUUGUA